AUGAUACCGGCGUACAAGUACGGCGAGCAGCGAUGUUUCGGCUCGAAAGGUUGGGGUGUGUCAGCAUUUGUCGUGGGAAUGUUAGUGAGUAUGAACCACGACAGCUCACUUGCUUGUAAUGGAAUUGAUGAUAUCAAUUACAGUCCUUGUUUCUACGCGUUUGGCUUCUUGAUGCUCUGCGAAUUAGUCGUCGCAAUACCUUUCAAAUACCGAAACGCAAACGAAGAUAAAUCACUUGAAACCCGCGCACAUUUAGCUCAAGUUUGUCAACAGCUUGAUCGCCUUACACUGUUUGUUUUCUUCAUAGUCUUACUGGCCGGUUUUAAUAUGGGUUUUAUUCAAAAUUUCCUGUUUUGGUAUUUACAGUCAUUGGGUGGUUCUCAAACUCUUUUUAGUUUAAUUCUUGGUUUUAACGCAGUCGGUGAUUUGAUUGGGUUCCUAUUAUCCGUGAAACUCAUUUCAAAGUAUGGCCAUUUGAAGAUGUUGGUUUUGGAGAUUUUUGCUUAUGCGGUUCGUUUGACCGUAUACGGAAUGAUUGAAAAUCCUUGGUUAUAAUAUUGACUGUGGAGUUUCUCAAAGCAUUCACAUUUUCAGUUGUUUGGGCUGUGGCGUUGUCUUUCUUUUGCGAUAGUUGUCAGAACGGGUCAACCCUGGCAGCUUUUGUGCACAUGCUGUUUUGGGGAGUUGGUUAUGGUGGAGAGGUAUAAUAGGCGGAGUGUUGAUGGAACGUAUUGGUGGCCGAACAACUUUCCUUGGUUUGGCUGUCAUAAAUCUCAGUGUUGUAAUGCUUAUAUUUGUAGUCGUUCAACUCGAUUGUUGUCAAAGGAGAUUGCAAGAUAUCGACAAGCCUGUGGAGAUUGACGACUCUGAUAUAUGA